GGAGCCAUGCCCAGGAUAACGCUGAACGGCAUCACGGUGGAUUUCCCCUUCCAGCCCUACGAGUGCCAGGAAGCCUACAUGGCCAAGGUGCUCGAGUGUCUGCAGAAGAAGGUAAACGGUAUUUUGGAGAGCCCUACAGGCACAGGAAAGACCCUCUGCCUGCUGUGUUCCACUCUGGCUUGGCGGGAACACUUUAAAGAUACUAUCUCAGCCCGCAAAAUUGCACAGCGUAUGAAUGGAGUGGAGCUCUUUCCCGAGAGACCCAUGUCAUCCUGGGGCAACGCUGCCACAGAUGCCGAUAUCCCAACUUAUUACACUGACGUUCCCAAAAUAAUUUAUGCUUCCAGAACUCACUCACAACUUACACAGGUCAUUAACGAGUUAAAGAACACAGUCUACAGGCCAAAGAUAUGUGUUUUGGGUUCCAGAGAGCAGCUUUGCAUCAAUCCUGAAGUGAAGCGACAGGAGAGCAACCACAUGCAGAUCUACAUGUGCCGAAUGAAAGUGAUGGCUCGUGCUUGUCAUUUCUAUAACAAUGUGGAAGAAAAGAGUACAGAGAAAGAACUCGUUGAUUCAAUCAUGGAUAUCGAAGACUUGGUUAAAAAUGGAAACAAGCACAGAGCUUGUCCUUAUUAUCUCUCUCGAAGCCUGAAGCAGCAAGCAGAUAUUAUUUUUAUGCCUUACAACUAUUUGCUAGACUCGAAGAGCCGGAGAGCGCACAACUUAGACCUGAAGGGGACUGUGGUAAUACUUGAUGAAGCUCACAAUGUGGAGAAGUUGUGUGAGGAGUCAUCUUCCUUUGACUUGACACCCUACGAUUUGGCUUCGGCAAUGGAUGCUAUAAAUGUCGUACUGGAAGAACAAGCCAAAGUAGUUCAACAGAAUGAAAUAAAUGCUGAAUUCAAUAUGGAGUUGGCCAAUUCAGGACUGAACAUGGAACUGGAAGAUAUAGCAAAGAUAAAGAAAAUACUUCUUCAGCUAGAAAGUGCUAUUGAUGCGGUGGAGCUGCCACCGAAUGACAGUGGAGUCACCAAAGGGGGAAGCUACAUCUUUGAUCUGUUUGCAGAGGCUCAAAUAACAUUCCAGACCAAAUCCUCACUCUUGGAGUCGCUAGAGCAGAUUUUACAGUUUCUUUCAGGCCGUACUGGGAUAUUUGUCAAUACAUCUGGAUUGCAUAAGCUCUCAGAUAUUAUCCAGACAGUAUUCAACAUCGAUCCUCCAGAAGGCACAACAGGUUUCAUGCCACAUCAGUCAAUAUCUAAAUAUUAAAAGGUACAUAUUCAUCUGGAUAACAGUAAUCAGAAGAAGAAACAAAGGACAGAUCUCUGGAAUUCAUCGUCUGCAAAAAAACAAGGAAAGACCUUAAGCUAUUGGUGUUUCAGCCCCGGAUACAGCAUGCAUGAGCUUGUUCGACAGGGAGUCAGGACAAUUAUCCUUACUAGUGGGACUCUCUCCCCCCUGUCAUCAUUUACAAUGGAAAUGCAGAUCCCUUUUCCUGUUUGCUUGGAGAAUCCUCAUGUUAUCGAUAAACACCAGCUCUGGGUUGGGAUCAUUCCUAAGGGACCUGAUGGAGCUGUGCUUACUUCUACCUAUGAAAGAAGGUUUUCAGAGGAUUAUUUAUCUUCUUUGGGGAAAACAAUUGGUAACCUUGUGCGAGUUGUACCGCAUGGACUGUUGGUGUUCUUCCCAUCGUAUCCUGUCAUGGAUAAGAGCCUGGAAUAUUGGAGAGAGCAUGAUUUUGCUAAAAGAAUAGAAGAAGUGAAGCCAAUGUUUGUGGAACCCAGGAACAAAGGAAGCUUUGCAGAGGUAAUGGAUGCCUACUAUGACAAAGUUGUCUGCCCUAAGUCCAACGGUGCUGCUUUUUUGGCAGUGUGUCGGGGGAAGGCCAGUGAAGGCUUGGACUUUGCAGACAUAAAUGGACGAGGCGUCAUCAUUACUGGGCUUCCGUUUCCUCCUCGUAUGGAGCCCAGGGUUGUUUUAAAGAUGCAGUUCCUGGAUGAAAUGAGAAGAAGUGGUGCAGGUGCACAGUAUUUAUCUGGGCGUGAGUGGUACAGUCAGCAAGCUUCCCGGGCUGUUAAUCAGGCUAUCGGCAGGGUCAUCAGACAUCGCCAAGACUAUGGUGCUAUCUUCCUAUGUGACCACAGGUUCACAACUGGUGAUGUAAGAGGCAAGCUGCCUUCAUGGGUCCGCCCUUAUGUGAAUGUUUAUGACAACUUUGGGCAUGCAGUCAGAAGUGUCUCCCUCUUCUUCCGUGUUGCUCAAGAAAUUAUGCCCCCACCCCUGCCGCAAUGCCCUUCUGGCUCUGCUGGUUCCCUAAGUGAAAGUGAUACGUCACCAUCUACUUCAUCUGAGCAGAUCCUCUCCCUGAAAAAAGCCAAAAACUUGGAUGACCAUGUUCCCAGUUUGAAGAGAAAAAGAAAAGUAAAUGGAGAUGGAGCAUCCAGCCUAUGCACGGAAUAUGAACAAGAGCUCGUCUCACCUAGAAGACAAUGUAUGGGGCUCUUGGAUGCAUUGGAGCGCAAUGAGAAGAGCAGCGAAGAUGCCGAGGAGGAAAGUGACUUGUCAGGAGAGGAAAAGGCACAACGUCUGUCAACACUUUCCCUUCAGUAUGAGAAGAGGUUAACAGAUGAGCAGAAAGGAGGAAGGAAGAAAAUAAAGCUAGUCAGCAAUACACAAGCUGAUAAGAAAGCAGACCUGACGGAGCCGAAGAAGGCCCGAGCUACAUUGUACAUCGCAACAGUGAAGGAGACCCUAAGCCAACAGAACUAUGAUCUCUUCUCUAAGGCUCUUCAGCACUACAAGAAGACAGAUGACUUCCAUGCUAUGUUAUCUCAAAUGAGCUCCCUCUUCAUAGAGGAUGAAAAAAAGCAUAUCUUAUUACGAGAAUUUUACCAGUUUGUUCGACCUCAACAUAAAAAACAGUUUGAUGAAGCAUGUUGCAAUCUGACUGGAGUGGGCUGUGGCUACAAACCUGAGCACAGCCUCCUGCGGGAAGAGAGAGAGAUACUGGCCAAGAAAAUAGAAGAAAAAGAGAGUCAGCAGAAAACAGCAUUCGCAAAGGACUCGUGCAGUCAGCUAAACCCUGGACUCCACUUGAACCGGGGAGGAUUCCACUUGACAACAGGACUGAAUAGUGCAGGGCAGAACACCAGUCGAGCUCCAAGGAAAGACACUGAAAAAGCUUCAAGCUCUAGGAGAGAUCACCACCAGGUCCUCAGGGCUACUUAUCUCAACGACGUGAAAAGGGCUUUGAACAAAAGCACUUACAGCCGUUUCUAUGAAGCAUUGUUAGCUUACAAGAAGACAGAUAACUAUGAUGCUAUGAUAUCAGUGAUAGCAGCCCUCACCACUGAGAGGCCAGAAGACUUUCAUCUCCUACAAAGGUUUUACAUGUUUGUGCGCCCUCAUCACAAAGAGCAGUUCAAAGAGAUGUGUAAAGAUUUGACUGGAAUGGUCUGUGGCGAGGGAGAGAAGCAAUUGCAAGAGCAGGUGCAAGGGGAAGGGAGCCCUCUGAGUUUGGAGAGCUGGUGCACUAAAGGAGAAAACAGCCACGUACAAGAUGCAGCCACUUCUAAGGAUGAGGCGCCAGAGAAAAUUCAGACAAAGAUUUCCUCCUUCUGCUUUAAUCAGAAAAGCAAACUUGAAUUUCCAGUGACCAAAGUAUCAAAAGAAACCAGUAACGUGAGAGCACCCACAGGCUCUGGAGCUGUGCCUAUCUUCCCCCUAGAGAUGGAGCCAGAGUGUGGAAGAUUCCAGUGCUCUAACUGCAAAUCUGAGGAUGAUGUGCCUUUUAAAUGUCCUUUAUGUGACUUCACUUGCUGCAAAACAUGCUGGGAGCAGUUCUUAAAGAUGAGGAAGAAGUGCCCAGAGUGCCGCAGUGAUGUGAAGAAGCAGCGAUUAAUCCAAGUUUUCUUCUGGUCAUAAUCUCACCGACAGAAAGGGCAAGUAUCUGGUAUCAGCAGAAAGCAAGCGCUGCACUCUGGCUCUCAACCUGAACGGAAGCAGGAUGAGGUUCAUUUGAAUAUCUUUGAUCCUUCGC